GGUUUUGUAAGAUAUUUUGCGUUGCAAAUGUUAUCGAAUUACAUACUCAUUCGCCUUCACCAUUAUUUCUAGACAUUUCAAUCCGACAUGUCGGAAAGCAGCAGCGAUGUCGUCGUUUCUCAGCAGAAAUCUGCAAGACCGCCACCAAUAGCUCUUGGAAUAAACGUGGAAAAGCCGAAAUUUCCGCAAUAUGCAGUCUACUCGAAGAGAAUGGAAUCUUUCGAGUCUUGGCCAGAAUACAUCCCAGUAAAGAAAGAUGAUCUUGUCGAAGCAGGGCUUGUGUACACAGGAGUUGGUGAUAGUGUAAGAUGUUACUUCUGUGGUGGUGGGCUGAGGAAUUGGGAACAGGAUGAUGUACCAAUGGAGGAACAUGGAAAAUGGUAUCCAAAAUGUCCACAUGUCAUGUUAGUUAAAGGUCAGGCAUAUAUUGAGAGACUUCAGCGUGGAGAAAAACCAGAGGAACCAUUGCCAGCACAGACGGAUUCUGCUUGUGCAGCCCCAAACCAUCUUGACUCUGUUGCUGCUUUAAGUUGUAUUGAAAAUGGUUACUCUGAAGAAAUGGUUCAGAAAGCCAUUAAUACUUAUAUUGAUCGGCACGGUAAUUCAGACUUUAAAGCUGUACAUUUGUGUGAAAUUUUGAUGGAUCUUGAGGACGAAGUUGAUCAACUCUCAUUAACUGUGUCAGACUCGCACAAUGUUGUAGAUUCUAGAAAUCAUGUACCUACAGUAGAGGAACAACUGGAGUCAGAAGAAUUACAAUCAGCAGAGGAUUUUGAAACAUUGAAAGAAGAAAAUCAGAAGUUGAAAGAAAACCAGAUGUGUAAGAUAUGUUUAGACAAGAAGGCAGAUGUAAUAUUUCUGCCAUGCGGACAUAUGGUGAGCUGUCCCCAAUGUGCACCAGCACUUUCCAAAUGCCCAAUUUGCAGAAAAGUUAUUAAUGGACAUAUUAAAGCUUUUUUCGCUGUGACUAGCAAUAGCGUAUCGUCUUCAAGUGAGUGCAAAUGACAGUAAUUUGACUUAUGUCAGUCACAACCCUUUAUGUAGUGGAAAUACAAAAAAAGAAAAAAUAUUUAAAAUGACAAUUAGACUCAAAUUGUAAUGUUAAGGCUUAUAAAGAUAUCAUAAGCAAGUAGUAGAAAUCCAAGUUCAAACUUGAAGAAAAUUUCUACAUCAAUGUCUUCUUGACAUGAAUAUUGUAAGCUUGCACUAUUCAUGCUAAGGAGGAGAAGUACAUUGCAGUAUAUGAAAAUUACUACAUAUAUGCAAUCUAAUAACAUUUGCAAAGUACAAGGCAAAGUAAGCAUGAUUAUAUGAUUACAAAAAAGUGUCAAUGACUUUGUAUUUUCGUAGAUUUGGUCUUGGAAAUGUGCCAAAUAUUAAGGUCAGAUGUUAAAGCUGCACGCCUCCAGAUGAGCCAAAAUAUUUUAAGAAAUUCAAUCUUUAGACAAAUGUAUUAAUAUCUUAAGAAAAGUUAAAAGAUUCAAUAUCUGAUUAAUUAUUUACAUGUUAUGUGUGAUUAAUGACUGAUUUUGCAGUAUCAAUCACUAUAAUUUUACUGCGUUACUAACGCAGUAAGAGGUAUUUUUGUAUAUUUUGGCCUCUUUUUGGUAAUUUACGUGGAUUGUAAGUGCCGUUUGCAAUGUGUAAAUUACUUUAUUUGUUCACUUCACAAUAUUUUACUUUGAAAUACAUUUUCAAAAUUUCAUGAAAAUUAGCAUGAAUCUGGAGGCAUGCUGCUUUAAUGCUAAUAAUAAAAAAACCGAUCUAGUCAAACAUUUUCUCAAUAUUGUUUCGUGAAAAUGGACUUGUUUGAUCUCGAGUGACGUGUUCAAGGUCUGAAAGCUUCUGUGAUACUUAAUUGUGCAUUUAAUAAUUAUGUUUUCCUUUAAAUGAUUUCAUUCAUUUAAGGGAAAAAACGUUAAAAAAAACUUAAAAAAAACAAAACAAAAAAAACCCUAAAAAAAACUUAAAAAUGACUAUAAAAUUAAUAUCUAAAAAAAAAAAGAGAGAUAUUAAGUAAUGUCUUGAUAUGUAGAUUCUUAUGCUGUUAUUUAAUGCUAAAUAUCAUUUUAUAAAUACAUUGUUGGAAUAUUAAUUUUAAAAUAUGUAACUUGAAUGAAUACGUAAGGAUAUUAAUACUCUAAUAAAUUUGAUCUAAUUUGUUACUUUGAAUAAUUCAAUUAACAAUUCUAUUUAUAAUUAAUAAUAAUAAUAAGUAAAAAAUUUACCAUAUAAUUUAUCUCUUUGAUAAAAAUCUUUUCAGAUUUCAUUAAUGACAUUAAAUUUGAUUUACUAUAAGCUUAGCUUUGAUAACCGCAAAAUAUCAUAGGAUACUUAUCGAACAUUUUCUAUAAUUCUUUUCUGCAAAAAUAUGAUACAGUUUUGUUUAUUAUUUGGCACAGUUUUUCCUCUACUGUAAACAUUUUCGAUCAGAUAGAUUAUGAAUGUAUCAUAUUUUUACUAUUUGUUUAAAACAUUUUCAUGUGUAUGAUUAACUAUGUUAUUAUUUUUUGUUAUAUAUUUUAAUAAACUGAGUUGAAUAAAGCUUGUUAGUAGUAGUAGUUGUUGAAUUUGGGGUUAUUUGGAACCGAAGCAGGCAUAGAUAAGGGGGGCCGGGGGGGGGGGGGUGGGAAGGUAUGGGAAGGGUUUUAAAUAGUUAAAAUAUUUGUUCUGAAAUGUUUAUAAAAAUAUAGUUUUAAUACAUGGAUACCAUUUGUUUUGUUCAGCAGCUUGUCAAGAAUUAAGUAAGAAUUUAUUCUUUAAUAAAUCUGUGAUGAUUAUUCUGAAUACUUACCCCUGAUGAAAGCAGUUUUACCACUUACCCUGCUUGAACUGAAAGCAAAUAACAUUUGCCACCAGUAUAGGACCAGACUAUAGUCUACACAUCUGUGCAGUCUGACCAGGCUCUAUACUUGUACUAGUUGAUCAACUUGCAUUUUUCUAUCUUGGAUAUUUCCAAAAUUGCUAAUGGACAGGUCAAAAUUGGACAAGUCCAUUCAAAAAAUUAAGCAAAUUUAGAGAAAGAUGUAUCCAAUGAAAAAAUUCCUUGUAGUAAGCAUGAAAUGGCUACUUACAAGCCUGGGUGCCUUACAAUCGAGGAUAUACGGUAUUUUUUAUAUCAUACAUAGAAGUGUUUCCAUUAAAGAAUUUCUUCCCUUUUUUGCUUGUGCAGUGAAAACCAUGACAAAUUUCCCCUUUUGUGAUGCAAGUGGGGAGGGUUUAUAUGAUUGUUAUUUGUCUAUUCAUGAAAUAUAAGUCCUAUACAUCAAAGUAGUGAGCAUCAAGUUCCUAAUACCUUAUGUCCCUCUUAUUUAAUGAAACCUGUAUAAAAUGGCCACCUUUACAGCCUUUGUGAUUGAUGGGGGUGGGUGAAACUUCUUGCAGAUUGCAUGGAAUACAUGUACAAUCAGCAUUUUACAUAAUUAUUUCCCUUUAUGCACAUCAAUAUUGAGGGUGGUUAAAAUCUUGUACUAGAAAUGUUUUUUUUUUCCGUACCAGUAUACAUAAACAUGUCUAGAUAUCUUUGAAUAAGGUGACUUCCACUUUCAUACUUUUUGAUGAAAUUGUCAAAUUUGUGCUACAAUUAUAUUGUACUUUGGAACUUACUGAAUGUAAUAUACCAAACAUAUGACCUUGCCCAUUACAGUUGCCUCCCUUUUAUUAUAAUUACUUAAGAAGACGAUUAAUGAGGAAGUAGUUAGAAACAUAAUUAUUAUGUGCUCUGUACUGUCAAGUAAUUAUAAUAAAAGGGAGUCAACUGUUAUGGACAGUCAUGGUUUUAGUAUAUUACAGUUCCCUCCCUUAAAAUAUAUAUGAAGAUAACUUAGCACUAUCCUCUGGGGUGGGCAAAAAUAUGUUUUGCAACAAAUUAUGUUUGCAUUUCAUAUAAAUUAGUAUUACCUGCAUUAUUUUGUGUACAAAACUGACAUGAUUAAAGAAUAAUAUAUUAAUAUCUAUUCUUUUUGUUCCAUUUUGUCUUUGUCAUUGUAUGGUUUCACAUAAAAAAAAAAAAAAAAAAAAAAAAAAAACUAAGAAAAUCUAACAAAAAACAAAAAAAGACACAAAAAGUGGCUAUAAAUUGUACAUGUGUAUAUCUAAAAUAAAAAGAUAUUAAGUAAUGUCUUGAAACGUAGAUUCUUAUGCUGUUACUAAAUGCUAAAUGUCAUUUUGUAAUACAUUGUUGGAAUAUUUAUUAAUUUAAAAAUAUGUUACUUGAAUGAAUACGUAAAGAUAUUAAUACUCUUAUAUAUUUGAUCUAAUUUGUUACUUUGAAUAGUUCAAUUAACAAUCCUAUUUAUAAUUAAUAAUAAUAAUAAGUAAAAAAUUUACCAUAAAAUUUAUCUCUUUGAUAAAAAUCUUUUCAGAUUUCAUUAAUGACAUUAAAUUUGAUUUACUAUAAGCUUAGCAUUGAUAACAGCAAAAUAUCAUAGGAUACUUAUCCUACAUUUCUUUUCUGCAAAAAUAUGAUACAUUUUUUUUUUUGUUAUUUGGCACAAUUUUUUUUCUGUUAAAACAUUUUCGAUCAGAUAGAUUAUGAAUGUAUCAUAUUUUUACUGUUCGUUUUAUAACAUUUUCUUGUGUAACUUGUGUAUGAUUCACUAUUUUAUUAUUGUUAUAUAUUUCAAUAAAACUUAUAAGUUGU